CACACAAAAUCGCACGCAUCCAUGAACCACAUGGAUCAUGACCGUCACCUUUCAUCUUUCCAUAACCCCCUGGUCGAGUUUUUGAAGGAGCUCGUGUUGAUCUAAAAUCUAAUCAUGUUAUUGAACUUACAAUACUAGUGAACCACCGACUUCCUCUAUCUGCCACUCUACAUACGACGAGAGGGUCGGGGAAGGGCACCAGACUGGGACUGCUGGAGCAGCUGUGCACCGCUACCGUAUGGUACGUGCUUAUGCGUUGAUGAGCAAACAUCUUCUAGAGUGCCGUCUAUUUGCGUUUCGUGUAUUCAUCCCCGUUAUGCACCCCCAAACGAUUCCACGUGCAGACUCACUCCCGAUCCGCCUACGCUAGUGCUUCGUCUAAGCGCCCGGCGGACAUGAUUCGCCAACCCGCGUGUGCCGCACACUGUCGCGAAUCCAGCGCCCCAUCGACCCACCGCCUACCGCGGCGAUCUCACUGGCAAGCAGCUCGUCGAUGUCCGGCCGUCCCCGCUGAACGCGCACACACGCGAAGCGCUGCAGGCGCGCCAGAUCGGUGUCUGAUUCCUCUGGGCCGGUCGGUGUCUCCAAGUCGUCGUCCACCGCACCGUCGGUGUCCUCCCUGCUCUGCGUGACAUGGAUACGAAUGUCGACGUCGAGCCCCGGGUUGGAUAUGAGUGCCGGGAACAGGAGGGGUGAUAUCGCGGGGAUCUGGUCUGUGGAAGGCCUGAGAUGCGGGUGUGAGGAAGAAGCGGGAGGGAAGGACGCACCAGACUCGCGCACGGACCAAACAAAGACUACGCGUGCACAACACAGAUUGGCCUUCGCGCAUGCGGCUCUGCAUGGCCGUAUCAUCAGAUCGCGUAAACACCACGGCCAGAAGAGCGACACACCGAAGGAGAUCGAGGAGGAGCGGAAGCGUGAACGAGACGCCCGAGCCGCCUGCAAGGAGCAGUACCGAUGCGUACCCCAGUGCACUGGGCGGCGUGCAGUGGGGGCCAUCCACCAGCGCUCCAAAUAUGGCCGGGCCCUUCGCAGCGAGCGCCGCGUCGAGAAGUCGGCGUGUGAAGCCGCGAUGGACACGGAUCAGGAACACCAUCUCACGCAUGGACCUCUGCUUCUGCACCGACGACGACGACGACGAGGCUGAAGACAAGGCGUUGGCUUCUGUGAAUGAGCGCUGUUUCUCCAAUCCCGAGUUACUUGACCCCCCGCCGAUCGACGCCUGAUCCUGCUCACCGUCGCCGAGACUCGCGAUGGAAAACGGGUGCGCCUCCCAAGGUGUCUGGCUGACGUUUGGGAUCGCGAGAUAUGCAAUUUGGGCGGGGCGCCAGCUGGCGCGGCUGGGGAGCAUGAUCGAGACGCGCAGAAAGUGCGGAGAGAUGACGUCGACCGUGGCGUCGAGAAUGUCCGACUGGGCGGCGGAUUUGCCGAGCAGAUAGGUGUACCCGCUGUUGACGAUGAACGUGCGGAUGAAGCGCAGGGCACGGUCGAAGGCCCAGAUGACGAAGGAGGGCCAAAUAUACAUGGACUUGUGGUGAUACGCCCCGACGAGCAAGAACCUGUCCUCCAAAUGGCCAAUAAGGAACGUCUCGUAGGCGCGUUGCCGGAUCAGACGCACGGAGAACGUGCAGAGCAGGGUAAAUGCAGUGACAGCGGUGAUACCCCACCGCACCCACCACAGCUGCAGGAGCGACGUCAUAUAGUGUCCUUGAAUACUGUGCAGUGGGUGUGGAUGAGCUUCAGUGAAUGGAUCGCACAUGGAGAUCAUGACACUCACCUGUGAGCCACCGUGAACCCAGAUCAGCACACACAAGGCGCGCGCGGCCACCCGAUGCAGAAGGUUAAGCUGUGCGCCAGUGAGCUGAGUACGGAUCAAGAUCGGCUGCACGCACCUUAUCCAACGAGAUACCCGUCAGAUCUGUCCAAAAUUAAACGCGACGACCAUCGGAAACUGUGUCGACACGAUGUAGGCUGCGCGACGAAUCAGCCAAUGGGAGAAUCAAUCGCACAAAACAGAUCACUCACUGUUCACGAACGCCCAAGUGAAUAUCACUCCGAUAUACCCAACCGCCAUGAAAAGCUCCGCCACAUCGAGCGAGUAUCCGCCGAACGAGACCGUCGAGUAAAAUGCCACGCGACGGAAAAUGUACUUCAAAGCGGCGGGGAGACGCAUGAACGCCGUGGGAGGACUGGGAGGGACUCCAUUCCUGCGACGAAGACGAUGGACGAGCGCCGAAGUGAUGUUGACGAGGGUGAGGAGCGCGAUGCAGCCUGCGAAGAAGUACCAAAUCUCGUACGGAUACCCAAGGUUGCGGGCGCUCGAGAUCUUGAAGUCGGGGCUCGCGUAGGGGUUCGGUUUGGCGGAAGGCUGCGCUGGGUGGCUCGGAGCGGAGGGAGGAGUCAUGGUCGAGUUCGUUUCAGCGCAGCGAUUGUGCAGAAACUCAAUCUCCUCGCUCCUUCCUUAUGAAUAUAUUCAUUCGCCAGGCCUCUCUCCCUGCUCCACCGGGCAACGAAAGAACACAUGAGAUCGGGCCCAUAUCUUUACCGGAUGCUCGUUUGAUCCACAUUGGUUGACCCUUCGCCCCACGUGAAUGGGCGAUAGGGUAAGUCCUGAAAUACACCCAGCAAUUCUCCGUCGCUUCGGAAGUUGUCUUCAUAUCGUCAACGACGGCUUCUGAGCUUGUGAGCCAG